CCCGCCGGACAUAAGUUGGACAAUGAUUAAAGAGCAGCCCAGUUGAAGGCAAAAAUUAAAAAAGAGCAGCCCAUUUGUAGGUUAAACCUUCAUCAGUACUAGGCGAGAAUGAGCUCACACGAUAUACGUCGUCCAUUCAAACGUCCGGCGAUCUCCGACCAACAACGACGCCGUGAACUUUCAUUGCUCCGACAAUCCCAAAACCGGCGUGACGCUCAGUUACAAGCCCGUCGUUUAGCUUCCACAGUUGUCUCUCUUCAAGAAGAACCACACCAAGUUGAGGAUGAUUAUGGAAAUCAGGCACAUGAUCUUCGUCAAGCUACUAAGCUACGAGGACCUGAAGCGAGGUUAUGGUUUGCCAAGCAACUUAUGCUUCCCGAAUGGAUGAUUGAUGUUCCCCAUAAUCUCAAUACUGAUUGGUAUGUAUUUGCUAGGCCUGCUGGAAAACGGUGUUUUGUUGUUUCUUCGAAUGGAACAACAAUCAGUAGACUGCGCAAUGGAAUUCUCUUGCAUCGUUUUCCUUCUGCCCUACCCAAUGGUGCCAGGACUAAUAACAGUAAAUCUGCUCAAUCAUACUGUAUUCUUGAUUGCAUAUUUCACGAGUCUGAUGAGACAUAUUAUGUCAUUGACGGUGUUUGUUGGGCGGGAAUUUCAUUAUAUGAGUGCACUGCCGAAUUCAGAUUCUUUUGGUUAAACAGCAAGCUUGCUGAGACGGGGGCUUGUGAUGCUCCCUCAACUUAUCAUAGAUAUAGAUUUAGCACUCUUCCUGUAUACAACUGUGACAAAGAAGGACUACAGACAGCUUAUGCAGGACAAGUUCCAUAUGUCAAGGAUGGAAUACUGUUUUACAACAAACAUGCACAAUAUCAAACUGGAAAUACACCACUAGCAUUGGUUUGGAAGGAUGAGAACUGUAGCCAGUAUGUCAUUGAUACGGAUAAUAAAGGACAAAUUCCAAGUCAACAACAGGUAGUUUUGGAGCUCCUGGAUAAUGGCAGGCUGGCUACAUCUGAUGACCCUCCUGUCAUAUUUGGCUGCUUGCUUGGUGAAUUCGUGCAAAAGACAGAACUUCACCGUGGAGAUCUUCUAAAGUUUGCAAUAGGUGAAGGGGGGUUAGUUAUUGUUGACAGUAAACUGGAGAAGGUUGAUCUGCAAUACCUAGGCAAGUCCAAUCGUGCUCGUGCUUUUGCUGAUAGUUACUCGAAGGUCUUGUUCCAGCAUGCAGCGCGGUAUUCUCCUCUCAGAAUUGAGUAUCUUUUUGCAUCAAUCAGUUCAUGUGUUGAAGAUGGAAAUCCAACUCAAGAUGCAGAGAUGGCUGGUUAAAGGCGCCACAUGCAAGAAACACAUUUCAGCUAAGCCAAAUAAAAAUGCCCCGUAAGAAAUUAACUUGAGUGGUAGGCAUGAUCAUUCUCGUCUACAUCAUUUUUCUUGUUUGAACGUGUAUAUAUGAUCCAAGAAAAUACAUUUUUGCGUCACUUAAGAUCAGAACAGUCAUAGGUGAGAAAGUAAAUCCCUUUUUGACUUCACUUAUGAGGUUUCUUCCCCGGUCUGAAAUUGACACUUUCCGGUCUCAUCCAUCUACUACUACUUCUUAAUUUGAGCAGUCUAAGCUUUUACAAAUGAAAAUUAAGGGGAACGCCUCUGAAAAUCCACAGCUUCUGAUUGCGCAGCUGAACUUACCUCCGGUGUCCAACGGUUCAUUGUUGACGUAAUAUUUUUCAGAACAGAAUUAAUAGUUUGGCGAAGACAGCGUUGAUGGCAACAUGUUUAUACAAAAGAAGUGCACAUGGGUCUCUCGGUUAAUGCUUUGCAUAAUAGUCUACAACAGAACCUUUUGGAAUUUUGUAUUUUAUUUAUGAAAAGCUCCAAUACUCUUCUCGAUGUUUCCCCUUGGAAUGAGAUUAACAAUCUAAGUGACACAGCUUUGUCUAUUUGUGAGGGAGGGAUUGAUUUUUAGAGCACAUCACAUGAAAAUUGUAUUCAGCCAGUGGUGGAGUGAAAAUAUAUUUGCUAAAACCAACGUUAGUGUACAUUAUGACUUCUCGUUUUGUAUUGGAACCAAUUACAACAAAUUUUGUAGCUGAA